AUGGACAAGGAGGAGCAGGAAGGCCGCGCGACGUGGGUCCCCGGCGCCCUCGUCGUCGGCGCGGGCCCGUCGGGGCUCGCCGCGGCCGCGUGCCUCGCGGCUCGCGGCGUGCCGGCCACGGUGCUCGAGAGGUCCGACUCGCUGGCCUUCACGUGGCGCCACCGCAUGUACGACCGCCUCGCGCUCCACCUGCCCAAGCGCUUCUGCGAGCUGCCGCUCCUCCCGUUCCCGGCCGACUACCCGACCUACCCCUGCAAGGACCAGUUCGUGGCGUACAUGGAGGCGUACGCCGCCGCGGCGGGCGUGGCCCCUCGCUUCGGCGCCAGCGUCCAGGAGGCCGCGUUCGACGCGUCCGCGGGCGCCUGGGCGGUGCGCCUGGCGGGCGGCGAGGUGCUGAUGACGAGGUGGCUCGUGGUGGCGACGGGCGAGAACGCGGAGCCGCACGUCCCGGACUUCCCCGGCAUGCGGCAGUUCGCCGGGCGCGUCCUGCACACGUGCGAGUACAAGUGCGGCGAGGAGUUCGCCGGGGAGAAGGUGUUGGUGGUGGGGUGCGGGAACUCCGGCAUGGAGGUGAGCCUGGAUUUGUGCCGGCACGGCGCUAAGCCCUCCAUGGUGGUGCGGAACACGGUCCAUGUGCUGCCAAAGGAGAUGCUGGGUGUGUCCACGUUUGGCAUUGCCAUGGCUCUGCUCAAAUGGCUGCCGGUCCAGUUGGUGGAUCGAUUCAUCCUGGCGGCGGCGCGCUUGACCCUCGGCAACACGAGCCAGCUCGGGCUAAGACGGCCCAAGACGGGGCCCAUCGAGCUGAAGAACCUCACCGGCAGAACCCCCGUGCUGGACGUCGGGACUCUAGACCACAUCAAAUCAGGCAAAAUUAAGGUGGUAGGAGCAGUGAAGGAGGUGACGAGGGUCGGGGCCAGGCUCGCGGACGGCAAGGAGGAGCAGCAGUUCGACGCAAUAAUACUGGCGACGGGCUACAGGAGCAACGUGCCGUCCUGGCUCAAGGAUGGAGGCGAUGUCUUCACAAGAGAAGGCACGCCCAAAACCCCUUUCCCCGACGGCUGGAAAGGGCGAAACGGCCUCUACACCGUCGGAUUCUCGCAGCGAGGGCUCCUCGGAGCAUCGUCAGACGCCCUAUGCGUCGCCAGAGAUAUACAUUGCCAAUGGAGGGAAAGAGAAAGAGAAAGAGAUAAACCCACUAGCGAUGUGCACGAAGCUGAUAGCUCUGUUUGAUUCUCACGGGAAUGUACAGCGUUUAAGUAGGAGUUUUGUGCAUAUAACACCAAGCUCGUCUCUUGCCUGCCGCAAGACACACCAUUUGCUAAGUGUUUCCGAAGAUGAUUAGUGGAGUAGAACGGUGGUAUGUGUAACGUGUCCCUAUAGCACGCAAGCCAGCUUUUUUGUGUGUGUGUGUGUGUGUGUGUGUGUG